AUGUAUCUCCCAGGUCGGGUAUUGAGACAAUUUGGAGAGGUACAGGUGACACCAGUUGUUACUGCUUACUUUGCUCAUGUAUCUCGUGAGACAGCGCUUGAGGAUAGACAUGGGGAGAGAGUCAGAGGAGGAGAGGAGGGUGGAGCUGAGGGAGAUGGAGUAGUGGAGGGAGAGGAUGAGGUAGGAGACGAGGGAGUUGAUGAGGAUGUAGACAUUGGUGGAGACACCAAGUCUAUAAGUAGCGGGGAUAGCGAUGAUUCUUUAAAGUCAUCGAGCAACAAGGAUGGUGAUGAUGAUGACAUGCCGGAGCUGGAGGACAUUCCUACUAUAGAGGGUGGAGGAGGAUAG